CAACUUAUUUUCAGAUUGUUUUCUCUCUAAAAGUUCUAAUGGAAAACUGUAAUAAUGUCAUAGGAGAAUAAUGCAAGAGAUUUUCUUUUUCACAAUAUUAUUAAGUGUCACAGGAUUUUCCCGUUUUGAAUGCCACGUUUUAAGAAGUGGGGAGCAGGUGGGACAGCUGGUGCAACAACAGGAUAUAGUUCAACUACAGCAGGAAACGUCUCAACUACAGCAUGACCCAGUUCAACUACUCCAGGACACUUCUCAACUACAGCUGUUAGAAAAACUAGAUUUCAAGAAUUGUCUGGAACAACACCAGUUUGAUUUACAACAAUUUAUUGCCGAAUCCAAACAAUUAACAGAAAAGCAUCAGCCUCGGCGUAAAUAUGACGCCGACCGUGCCCGCCGAACCGCCGGAUCCUGUGGAACCUUCGCCCUUUUCCCGUUCCUGGCAUUCCUCUAUGCGGCCUCAACAUUGUCAACAAACGUAAUUAAUACAGUCAACAACAGCAAUGAAAACAGACGGCGGCGUGAUGCAAAUGCAUCAAUGUUUGAUGGUUCUAUUUUUAGAUCACUGGAAACCCUUCCAAGCAUAACAGGAAUAUUUCAGCGAGGAGAAAAUUUGUCAGCAGGUUUUCGAAGAAUUCAGAAGAGUUUGGAUACUUUUCAAAUUCCAGGGCUGCCCAGCGUUGGUGAGCUGAGAGAGAAAAUUGGAAUGGAAAGUACAGAAACCCUGUUUGGUGAUAAAAACUCGGAAACCCUGCCAGCUGAAGAAAAGGCGGAAACCCUGUCUGGUCCGGCAUUUGCAAACCUUCUCUCACUUCAGGGUCUUCUCCCGUCCAGCUUCCAGCUGACACAGAAUCCUUUCCCAACUCUAGCAGCAAUAUUCACUUACAAUACAAAGGUAUUUGAUGCUGAACCAGGAGCUGAAAUAGAAGCUGGACCCGGAGCUGAGUUAGAAGCCGGACCCGGAGGUCAACCAGGAGCUGAACCCGCAGCUGAACCAGGAUCUGAACUAGAAGAAUCAUCCGUUACUUCAACCGAGCCUCCACCUCAGAAAAACCAAUCCGAUCCAUCACAACUGGAAGAGUUUUUAAACGCUUCCUUUGAUGAUAUGGAAGAGUUUGAAACCUCUCUCAAGGAUUUGAUUGAAAACUCUCCAGAGAAGGAAAAACUAUUAAAAUCCUUGAAACGAGAAAUUGAAAAGCGAGUACAGGAUAUCCUUGAUAAAACUGAGUUGAACUCUGUAAGUGUUGAUGAUGUACCUGGAGAAUACUGGUUCGAGGAUAGAUCUGGAGAACCUGUUGAAACCAGCCCAACUCCAGGAAUCCUGUACACAUCGCUAAACCUGAACCUAACUCCUAAAAACAAGAAGGAUAAAGAAGAAACCAAGGUCCCGAGGGAAAGAACUGGAAAAAUACAAGGAACGGGAGAUAUUCUAUCGGAAUUAGAAAUGAACGCGGCAAAGGAAAUUGAGGAAAAUAACUCGACACCGGUUCCGGUUCCUGUUCCGGUUCCGGUACCUUCAGAAGAGGAUAAAGAGGAGGAAAAGAAGAAAGAAGAGAGUGAAGAAGAAAAUGAAGAUUAUGACGACAAUGACCCCAAUGAAACUGAUCAAGAUGAAAAUAGAAGAAAAGAUAAGAAGAUAAGAGGACAAGGGUUUAAAGAGGAUUUAAAGCUUAAAGACAACGGGAAGGAAAACGAGAAUAAGGUUGUAAAAACAUUUUCCCUUCAGCACCUUAUGAAGACAAAAUUCAAGGACCUGUACGCUGAUAUGUGGAACAGAUCUCAGAGUAUCCCUUUAAUUAAGGAAAUUACAGAAGACUUCAGUAAAGUGACCGAGAUAAUAAAGAAUAGUACAAUUAGUUCUACUCAGCUUAACCACAAGAACUUAGAUGACAGGAUUAGAUCGGACUUUGAUGGUUUUCACUUCACUCAUCAUGUUAAAAAUGCGUCUGAAGAGAUAAAGAAGUUUAAACUACCAGGACUGCCAUCUAUCGGUGAUAUUCUAAACAACUCACUGAGCUACAUGAAUAUGAGUUCUGGGCUACCUAACCUUGACACCCUGGUUUCUCAACUCUCAUUCAGAUCAGCAGCUGUUCCUGAAACGGAGGAAACCAAGGCAAACGACAAAGCUGAUGAAAAAUCUGAAACUGAAAGUGAGGAAGUGGCAGGUCCAGGUGGUACUACAGGGUCUCCUGAUAUUGGUGUUACAGUUGCGCUUGCUGAUCAACUUAACCUUGCAGAUAAACUCAGGAUUUCUGAAGAACAGAGCUUGGAGGAAUAUUUUCUUCAAGGGCUAAGAACAGUUGUAGACCAAGGAUUUAUUCGUCUCAGAUAUUCUCUGGAUGAGGCCACUAAGGUAUUUGUGCCUGAAAGCGGGGAGAAUAUAACUCUUCUAAUGGAUCCGGCAGCUACGGUUAAAAAUCUUUCCAUCACAUUACUCAGAGGUUUAGAUAAUCUGCCUGUUCCUAGCUCAUUUGAGGGUUUAGUCAAUCCAACGAUUGACCUUGACGUUGAGAAUAUUGAGAAGGUUUUGAAACUUGCUCCCCGUCUGCUGCCGUACAUCAUGCAGGACUAUAAGGAUAAACUACAUGGACUCAUGGUGGGGACUACUGUUACACAGGACCAAUUGUUUGAGAUUCAUUCCUCUCUGGUGGAGUGGCAUAAUAAGAUAGAGUCUGUUCGAGAUGGUUUACCAGUAGGAGGUAUUCAUAGAGUUCUUGGGAUUCUUCAGGAACAUAAUCUAUCCCUUCUCUAUCUCCUGGUCCAUCUAAUGCACGAGGCGGGGGAGACGGGGAAGGUUGGAAUAACCCACCACCAUCUCCAGGUCAUAGACAGACAUCUACUCAGACCUGAGGAUUUAUUUCCUGGUCUUAAGCUGUUGAUAUGAAUAGCAGCAACAACAACCACAUAUACUACAACAACAACAACAACACUCUGUAGUUUGUAGCUAUCUACCAACAAGCAGAAAUGCUUUUAUUUUUUUCUAUUGUUAUUGUUAUCAAUUUUCUAUAAAUUAUUUUAUAUCUAUUUGUAAAUAAAGA